UCGGUUUCCCAGAGUUCCCUGCGGCUCGGUGGUCCAGGGUGGACCUGUGUGAGGUGGGAGUGUUCAGAGACGGUGAUCAGACUGGAAUCCGCAGCCUCACCGGAGAUCUGGUUCUGGACUCUGAACCGUUGGGAUCUAAAUCUGCGUCUGUCCUGGUCCGGGUCUGUGUGCUCUGUGUGCUCUGUGCGGUCUGUGUGCUCUGUGUGCUCUGUGCGGUCUGUGUGCUCUGUGCGGUCUGUGUGCUCUGUGCGGUGUUUCCCGGACGGUGUCGGUGAUGGUGGACGCGGUGGAGUGCGGGGUGUGCGGGGUGAAGGUGAUGUGUCGCUUCAGGCCGCUGAACGACGCGGAGCGGGGCCGCGGAGACAAAUUCAUCCCUAAAUUCAACGGAGAGGACACGGUGGUGGUCGCGGGGAAGCCGUAUGUGUUUGACAGAGUCCUUCCUCCAAACACUGAACAGGUUCAAGUGUACGACACCUGUGCCAGACAGAUCGUCAAAGAUGUGUUGGGAGGAUACAACGGGACCAUAUUUGCUUACGGUCAGACAGCGUCUGGAAAGACUCACACCAUGGAGGGGAACCUGCACGACCCUCGUCUGAUGGGAAUCAUCCCCCGUAUCUCCAGAGACAUCUUUGACCACAUCUACUCCAUGGAUGAGAACCUGGAGUUCCACAUCAAGGUUUCUUAUUUUGAAAUUUAUCUGGAUAAAAUCAGAGACUUACUGGAUGUGUCAAAGACGAACCUUGCCGUACACGAGGACAAAAACAGGGUUCCUUUUGUCAAGGGCUGCACUGAGCGUUUUGUCUCCAGUCCUGAUGAGGUGAUGGACGUCAUCGAUGAAGGAAAAGCAAACAGACACGUCGCUGUCACCAACAUGAAUGAGCACAGCUCUCGCAGUCACAGUAUUUUUCUGAUCAACAUCAAGCAGGAGAACGUGGAGACAGAGAUGAAGCUGUCAGGGAAACUUUACCUGGUGGACCUGGCAGGCAGCGAGAAGGUGAGUAAAACAGGAGCAGAAGGCGCGGUGUUGGACGAAGCCAAGAACAUCAACAAGUCUCUGUCUGCUCUCGGGAACGUCAUCGCUGCUCUCAGUGAAGGAACGAAAACCCACGUCCCGUACAGAGACAGUAAGAUGACUCGAAUCCUGCAGGACUCUUUGGGAGGAAACUGUCGAACCACCAUCAUCAUCUGCUGCUCUCCGUCUGUUUACAACGAGGCUGAAACCAAGUCCACCCUCAUGUUUGGACAGAGAGCUAAAACCAUAAAGAACACAGUUUCUGUGAACCUGGAGCUGACCGCUGAGGAGUGGAAGAAGAAGUAUGAGAAGGAGAAAGAAAAAAACAGGAGUCUGAACAUCAUUAUACAGAAACUGGAGAAUGAGCUGAAACGCUGGAGGAAAGGUGAGUCUGUGCCUGUGGAGGAGCAGCUGAGCAGCAAAAACAAAAAAAGCAGCAGCAGUGAGACGACCGCAGUGAUUGACAGCUUGGCCCUGCCUCCUGUCCCUCUGUCAGACGAAGAGAAGACACAGUAUGAGACUCUCAUCAGCGACCUGUACCAUCAGCUGGAUGACAAGGAUGAUGAGAUUAACCAUCACAGUCAGACAGCCGAGAAAUUCAAACAACAGCUGAUCGAUCAGGACGAGCUGUUGCUGUCGAGCCGCCAGGACUACGAGCGUCUACAGGACGAAUUAUCACGGCUGCAAAGGGACAGUGACUCAGCCAAAGAGGAGGUAAAGGAGGUGCUGCAGGCACUGGAGGAGCUUGCCGUCAACUACGACCACAAGAGCCAAGAGGUGGAGAACAAAAACCGCUGCAAUGAACAGCUGAACGAGGAGCUUGCCAACAAAACUGUGAAUCUGGAGGCGGUUCAGAGGGAACUGUUGACGCUGCAGGAGAUCAGUUCUCAUCAUAAGAAGAGGUCAGCAGACAUCCUCAGUCUGCUGCUCAGAGACCUCAGUGAGAUUGGCAGCGUUCUUGGUACCACCGACCUCAAAGCUAUGACUGAGAUGAGUGGAGUGAUGGAAGAGGAGUUCACCACUGCUCGUCUCUACGUCAGUAAGAUGAAGUCGGAGGUGAAAUCUCUGGUGAACCGCAGCAAGCAGCUGGAGGUCAACCUGACAGAGAACAUGUGCAGGAUGGAGGCCACGGAGAAGGAGCUCAACACCGGUCAGCUGCUUGUCUCACAGCUCCAGGCAAAGAUUGGCUCUCUGACAGACGACCUGCUGAAGGUGGAACAGAAGAAGAGGAAGCUGGAGGAGAGUCAGGACUCUCUGAUGGAGGAGAUCGCCAAACUCCAUGCUCAAGGUCAGAUGCAUGAGGUAACGGUGAUGGACAAAGAAAAGGAACACAUGAGCCGACUGAAAGAUGCAGUUGAGAUGAAGAGAACUCUAGAGGAACAGAUGGAGAACCACAGAGAAGUCCAUCAGAAACAACUGAGUCGCCUCCGGGACGAGAUUGAGCAGAAGCAGAGAAACGUCGACCAACUCAAAGAUUUGAAUCAGGCUCUGCAGCUGGAGAACAGGAAGCUUCAGUCCGACUUUGACAAACUGAGAGCUGAGGAUCAGAACAAAGACCACAAACUCCAAAAACUGCUGUUCCUGAAUGAGAAGAGAGAACAAGCCAAAGAGGACCUGAAGGGUCUGGAGGAGACUGUGGCCAAAGAGCUUCAGACACUGAACAAUCUUCGUAAAGUCUUCAUCGAGGACAUCAGCACUCGAGUCAAGAAUAGUUCAGAGAACGACUGUGACGAGGCCGGAGGCAGUCUGGCUCAGAGACAGAGGAUCAUUUUCUUAGAAAACAACCUGGAGCAACUCAGCAAGGUCCACAAACAGCUGGUGCGGGACAACGCUGACCUUCGCUGUGAGCUGCCCAAGCUGGAGAAGCGUCUUCGGGCCACAGCAGAGCGAGUGAAGGCUCUGGAAACCGCUCUUAGAGAUGCCAAGGAGUCGGGCGUAAGGGACCGCAAACGCUACCAACAGGAAGUGGAUCGAAUCAAAGAGGCUGUCCGGUCCAAGAAUGUCUCCAGGAGAGGACACUUUGCUCAGAUAGCCAAACCAAUCAGAGCGGGACAUCAGCACCAUCAGCACCCGUCCCCCUCUGCAUCCGUCAGGCCAACCGUCCGAGGAGGAGGAGCAACGUCCAGUCCACGUCAUCACUCCUCCCGGCAGCAACCACAGCAACCACAACCCCAUCAAAGCCACAGCAAGUAAGGUACAGGCAGCACACGACUCCGGAUCAGUUUCCUUUUCUGUGGAUUUGGGGAUUUUGGAACUCCAAUGCUCUCACCACUCUGCCUUUACUGGAACCGUUUCUACUACUUUCCACCUUAACAGCCAAAAAGUGCUUUCUUUCCUUCUCUGAUUCUGUUCAACUGUCUGACCAGAUAAGUUCAGCCAGAGUUUAAUGUGUUAAAAAAUUACUUAAAUAAGAAGUUGAAUAAGUUAACUCAGGGUUUUUAUCUGAAGUUAACAGAGGCCUGUACUAUGUGGUAACCCCACACAUUCACGUAAAAAAAUCUGACCAUACACAAACAUGGCAGAGUGAAGAAAAAACUAUAAUUAAAAUAAUCCAGACUAAGGGCCUGUGUUUGUGUCUUCACAUCAUUUUACACGAGGGCAACCUCAGUGACUUUUCGAGUGGCUGCCAAAGAAUGAUCUCUUUUCAAAUUCGUUUAAAAUUAGCUUUUUUAGAAAAAAUGUCACCAGGAUAAAUUAACUCUUUAAAACUGCAAUUAGAACCACGUUUUACAUGCAAUAUGUAAUUUCUGCCACUAGGGGGUCUCUCACAUCCAGACAAUAAGUUUGAUGAGAUGGUGAAGCAGUGUGGGAUCAUGGGAGUUGUUGUCUUCACCACCAUUGGCGUCAUUGCAGUCAGCUUCUCCCGGUUAGGAUUCCUUCGGUCUUCAUGGUUCAGGAGGUUUCUACCGGGAGCCCAAUUAUCCACAGAGGUCUCCUGCUCUCCAAAACAAACAGACCCGAGCUGAGCUGCUGCUAACGUUAGCUCAGCUUGUUUCUCUGAUACCUUAAGAUCCAGACAGCACUGCUUUUUGAUGUUGGUUUAGCUCCGUGAUCCAUGUGUCCUCAAAUCCCACCAAGAACCUUUCAGAAGCAGGGCGUCUUCACAGCGUCUUUACAGCGUCUUCACAGUGUCUUCACAGUGUCUUCACAGUGUUUUCUUGUGUAUUUUGUCCUGAAAAAAAGAAAACAGUGCGUUUCUCCUCUUUAUAUCUCGUCUGACUGAUUGACUUCUUGUCUGGUGUCACUGCGUGAAAUUCAAUCCAGAGUCUGCACAGGGUUUUUUUUUUUAAAAUAGUUGUUUCUGUGUCUGACUGUUAUCUUGAACAUAACCUGCUCCGGAGCAGGUUAGCAGUUCAGCAUUAGUUACCAUGGCGAUGUACCUUGGUGAGAAGUGAACCACCAUCAUAAUACAGGCCUCAGGAGUCGUAUGAUAAUGGACUAUUGUAGAUUUAUGCUGUGUCUCUGUCCUCAUGUUGUUAUGGAAAACCAAAAUGUUCAAAAUGUAUAAAAAUUUAGGAAUGAUACUAAUAAGUAAUACUGUGGGGAAAUCUAAAUGAUGAGAUACUGAGUCAACAUUUCAGCUUUCAGGCCAAAAAAAUUACACAGUCAAUAUUUAUUUAACUUUUAAUGGGCUGAAUUUUAUUUUACAUUGGCCUCAUAAGUCAUUAUUAUGAUGCAAUUUUUCAUAAUUCUUACGAAUAAAUCAUAAUUUGGUUUUAAUCAUUUGGAUAUAAGUUGUAAUUUUUGUACAGUACUUUAUCAGGAUGAAAUUAGAGUUUUGUGCUCGUAUAUAGGCCUACAUCAUACAGUAUAAUAUUAUAAUUAUAUUUCCUCCACAGUAUUUAUAUAUCAGUAAAAUCUAUAGAACGACUCCUGUACGAGACACAGUCAACAUCAUGAUAGAACUCUUUCUGUGUUCUGAUGUAUGUUUACAGUGGGUUGGUUAGUGUUUUUUAGUCAUUGACACUUUAAACUGAUACAAUUAUAUAUUUUACAUUGAUUUGCACAGUUCAUCGUCCAGGAAAAUAAUCAAAUCAACAUGAGUGAUAAAAUAAAAAUGAUCAACAACUGAAUAAUUUAAUUAUGUCCUUAAUGUUAAAUUUUUUUAAAAUUUUAAUUCAACUUUCUUUAAAUUCUGACUUAUGAGAUAAAGUCAUAAUUUUACAAGAAAAAUUUGAUUUUGGGACAUAUUAUACAUUUUAUUUUAUUUUUCUUUGUAGCAGUCGCUCAUUCAUUCAUUCAUUCAUGUGUGCUGCUAUUUUCCUUUUGCUCAUUUCAUUUGGGAUCAAUUGGAAACCUUCUGGGUUGAUUAGAGGAUCACUUAGAUCACCUGUUGCAUGGGGGGGGGGACUGACUGACUCCUCAACAAUGAUGGAGAGCAGCUUGGUGAUUCCCCUCUUGGCCAAUCCGAGUGUGACGACGCCCAUUCUUGAAGGCAUAAAAGAGAUGGGGGAUCUGAUCCUUCAGUUGGUGCAGAGCUCACACUCUGAGACAUGGUCAGUGUGUUUUUAUUUUUAAUAUUAUGUGAUUGGGAACUGAUUCUCAGGCUCCUUCUCCUUAAGUUGAGACAUGGGGAAUCAGUACUGCCACAAUCAUUUUCUGUACCUUUCUGUAUUCAUCCCUGUUUAUGAGCAGUGAGUGAACGGGUUGUAAUGUGCGACACAACACAACCUCAAAGUAUAAUACAAUUUUCUUGUAAAAUUAUGGAUCUAUUUAUAAUCUUUAAUUAGUAAGUGAAAUAAAAUAACUUUUAAUAAUUAAUGAUUUUGACUUGAGAUACAAUAUUAUAUAAAAUUUACGGAAUAAUCUUUAAGAGGUAUAAUAAUAACAGAUUUUUAUUCCAAAUGUUUCAUGAUUUUUUUUUUUUUUUUCAUUUUCCUGGACUGAAUGUUUUAUCACACUGACUGUUUUUUAAAUAAUUUAUGUGCGUUUCAGAGGAGUUUUAUAGAUUAAUUUAUGAAUUUGUUUUACUUUGUUGGAACAGUGUUCAUCAGCUCAGUGUUUCUAUCUGUGUAAUAUUUCUACCAGUGUUGACCUGCUGCUGUGUGUCAUUUUCAGCUUUUGUAGUGGAUUUAUCUGAAAGCAUUAUGAACAUCAUGAGUCUUUGUUGAGCCACAGUGUUUGUCUGUCUGUUGGCUUUAAGUAUUAUUAAACUGUGGUGCAGUUGUUGUCUA